AUGGCUGUCACCAUCCGUAUCAUCAACGCACAGACUUUGAGCUUUUGCUGUCGAUUCGGCGAUCUAAUAACGGCAGCAAUUCUCACCAAAGACGACAACAUUAAACCGUUGCACAACCGAGAGCCUCUUUCCGCUUUCCAUGUCGAACACAGUGGCGAAGAGCUUUCGUCAGUGCAAUUAUGGCAGAAUCAGGUCCACAGGCUGCGAGUAAUUCACACCAGCCCAUUGUGCGCCAAUGCUGCAGCCACCAUAGCCGUCAAUGCUGCAAAGGCAAUGGUUAAUAAGUGCAAAACAAAUGCAGACGAGCAAAAGAGUGGCAGCCACAGAGAAAGAUGGAGGGACGGGGAUAGUUCACAAGGUCCCCAAAUCGAAGCUGGCCAGCCAAAGCGCUGGAAUAACUAUUGGUUUGGCGCAAACAGGGCCAGCCCGGCCGACCCCCAACUGCUCGUGUUUUUUUGCUGA